GGGAGCAGCAGUGGCAACCAGCAUUGCAAGCAUGACCGAGUCGUGACGAGAUCAGCCUGGCUUGUGCGCGCCAGGACUAGCCUAGUGCAUGCUUCACGGUGACGACAUAGCGGGUCGCAGAAAGAGGCUCGGAGUUCCUUCAGAAAAUACUUCACACUUGCUAAACGAACAGAGCGUUUCCGAUUCGGCAUUCGUGCGUAGAACGCUUAGUACUGAAAUCCGCCCCGACUCUCAAGCCUCCUGUAUGAUGGGACCGCUGUAGAGAACGCGCAGCGACUCGGCGCCCGCCGCUGACUUAAGCACAAUCGACAGCAGUGCCGUUCCCAAUGCGCAAGACCGCUCAAGGCCUCCUCCCUCCAUAGCCCCCACGUUUGCUGAGGUGGCGGCUGUUCCCACGGACGGCCGUGCGAAAGAUAAAGACAAAGAGAAAGUGAAAGAGAAAGAAAAUAAGAAAGUGAAAGAGAAAGAGACGAGCCGUGGCCGCAGGCGUGCAGAGGAGGAGUGCCAGAAACAACUGCCGUCGCGGACAGCACCAAGGAGGAUCCUCGGCGUCGAACGGGAAACAGCGGCAGGCGCGGUAUGGAUGCAGAAGGCGAGGCUGGGAAGCACCAGAGUGAGGCGUGGGAGGGAGGCAAGGGAGAGGAGGCGAGAGAGGAGGCGCGAGAGGAGGCGCGAGAGGAGGCGAUUGCAGGCACGGGAGUGCAGGAGACUGAACGAGAAGCUGGGGUGAUCACGACGGGUGAGGGAAAGAAUGGUGGAGCAGAUAGCUCCCCGCUGGACCUGGCCAAGGCUGGGGCAGACAGCAGCGUGGGGGCGUUGAAGGGGGCGGUGGCAGCAGCAGGUGCGGCAGCGGGCAAGGCGAGGCGGCAUGUGCGGUUUGAGGAGGGGGAGAAGGGCCUGCAUGGGCUGGCAGCGCUGAGGCUGCGGCCGCACAUGCCCCCCUGCACACAGCCUGCAGCAGAGGACGGGCCGGUGGGGGGCAGCCGGGGGGGAGGGGCAGAGGCAGGCGUGGGGUGGGGGGCUGUCAGGGCCAGCAACGCAGGCAGCAGCAGGAGCAGCAGCAGCAGCAGUGCUGGUGGUGGUGGUGCUGGUGGUGGUGGGCUGGAUGGGGGAGGGCUGCUUGGGCGACCUCCCCCGUUGGCGCGAGCCACAAGUGAGUGCUCGUGGGAGAUGCGGCGAGUGGCGUUGCUGGGGGCACAGCACGGCACUCCACGCGCAUCUGCGGCACACUCACACCUCAAGUUCUCAGACGCCCUGGACCAGCUCGAGAAGCAGCUGGGGAAAACCAGCGACGCACAGCAGCAGCAAGAGGAGGGCGAGCACGCGUACGGGGAGGAGGGCAGCGCCAGGGAUGCACAAGGAUGGCAGCAAUGCAGCUCCCAAGGCCCAACAGUAGAGGGGAAGGCGGCAGCGGCAGCAGUGGAAGGAGAGAUUGUCGGCGCAAAGGAGGAGGGGGAGGUGGUUGAAGGGGAAGGGGAGAAGGAGGAGGAGGUGGAGGAGGAGGAGGAGGAGGAGGAGGAGGAGGGGGUGGAAGAUGGCGGGUCGCGGGAUGUGCUGGCAGCCAUGCCGGUGAUGGGGGGGGAAGCAAGGGGUGCGAGUGGGGGAAGUGCAGAGAGCAGCGUGGGGGCGUUGAAGGGGGCGGUGGCAGCAGCAGGUGCAGCAGCGGGCAAGGCGAGGCGGCAUGUGCGGUUUGAGGAGGGGGAGAAGGGCCUGCAUGGGCUGGCAGCGCUGAGGCUGCGGCCGCACAUGCCCCCCUGCACACAGCCUGCAGCAGAGGACGGGCCGGUGGGGGGCAGCCGGGGGGGAGGGGCAGAGGUAGGCGUGGGGUGGGGGGCUGGCAGGGCCAGCAACGCAGGCAGCAGCAGCAGCAGCAGCAGCAGUGCUGGUGGUGGUGGUGCUGGUGGUGGUGGGCUGGAUGGGGGAGGGCUGCUUGGGCGACCUCCCCCGUUGGCGCGAGCCACAAGUGAGUGCUCGUGGGAGAUGCGGCGAGUGGCGUUGCUGGGGGCACAGCACGGCACUCCACGCGCAUCUGCGGCACACUCACACCUCAAGUUCUCAGACGCCCUGGACCAGCUCGAGAAGCAGCUGGGGAAAACCAGCGACGCACAGCAGCAGCAAGAGGAGGGCGAGCACGCGUACGGGGAGGAGGGCAGCGCCAGGGAUGCACAAGGAUGGCAGCAAUGCAGCUCCCAAGGCCCAACAGUAGAGGGGAAGGCGGCAGCGGCAGCAGUGGAAGGAGAGAUUGUCGGCGCAAAGGAGGAGGGGGAGCAGAGGACGGGCCGGGCCAGCAACGCAGGCAGCAGCAGCAGCAGCAGCAGCAGUGCUGGUGGUGGUGGUGCUGGUGGUGGUGGGCUGGAUGGGGGAGGGCUGCUUGGGCGACCUCCCCCGUUGGCGCGAGCCACAAGUGAGUGCUCGUGGGAGAUGCGGCGAGUGGCGUUGCUGGGGGCACAGCACGGCACUCCACGCGCAUCUGCGGCACACUCACACCUCAAGUUCUCAGACGCCCUGGACCAGCUCGAGAAGCAGCUGGGGAAAACCAGCGACGCACAGCAGCAGCAAGAGGAGGGCGAGCACGCGUACGGGGAGGAGGGCAGCGCCAGGGAUGCACAAGGAUGGCAGCAAUGCAGCUCCCAAGGCCCAACAGUAGAGGGGAAGGCGGCAGCGGCAGCAGUGGAAGGAGAGAUUGUCGGCGCAAAGGAGGAGGGGGAGCCUGCAGCAGAGGACGGGCCGGUGGGGGGCAGCUGGGGGGGAGGGGCAGAGGUAGGCGUGGGGUGGGGGGCUGGCAGGGCCAGCAACGCAGGCAGCAGCAGCAGCAGCAGCAGCAGUGCUGGUGGUGGUGGUGCUGGUGGUGGUGGGCUGGAUGGGGGAGGGCUGCUUGGGCGACCUCCCCCGUUGGCGCGAGCCACAAGUGAGUGCUCGUGGGAGAUGCGGCGAGUGGCGUUGCUGGGGGCACAGCACGGCACUCCACGCGCAUCUGCGGCACACUCACACCUCAAGUUCUCAGACGCCCUGGACCAGCUCGAGAAGCAGCUGGGGAAAACCAGCGACGCACAGCAGCAGCAAGAGGAGGGCGAGCACGCGUACGGGGAGGAGGGCAGCGCCAGGGAUGCACAAGGAUGGCAGCAAUGCAGCUCCCAAGGCCCAACAGUAGAGGGGAAAGCAGCAGCGGCAACAGUGGAAGGAGAGAUUGUCGGCGCAAAGGAGGAGGGGGAUGUGGUUGAAGGGGAAGGGGAGAAGGAGGAGGAGGUGGAGGAGGAGGAGGAGAAGGAGGGGGUGGAAGAUGGCGGGUCGCGGGAUGUGCUGGCAGCCAUGCCGGUGAUGGGGGGGGGAGCAAGGGGUGCGAGUGGGGGAAGUGCAGAGAGCAGCGUGGGGGCGUUGAAGGGGGCGGUGGCAGCAGCAGGUGCGGCAGCGGGCAAGGCGAGGCGGCAUGUGCGGUUUGAGGAGGGGGAGAAGAGCCUGCAUGGGCUGGCAGCGCUGAGGCUGCGGCUGCACAUGGCCCCCUGCACACAGCCUGCCGCAGAGGACGGGCCUGUGGGGGGCAGCUGGGGGGGAGGGGCAGAGGCAGGCGUGGGGUGGGGGGCUGGCAGGGCCAGCAACGCAGGCAGCAGCAGGAGCAGCAGCAGCAGCAGUGCUGGUGGUGGUGCUGCUGGUGGUGGUGGGCUGGAUGGGGGAGGGCUGCUUGGGCGACCUCCCCCGUUGGCGCGAGCCACGAGUGAGUGCUCGUGGGAGAUGCGGCGAGUGGCGUUGCUGGGGGCACAGCACGGCACUCCGCGCGCAUCUGCGGCACACUCACACCUCAAGUUCUCAGACGCCCUGGACCAGCUCGAGCAGCAGCUGGGGAAAACCAGCGACGCAGAGAAUGUGGUUGCUGAAGAUUUUGAUGAGCAGUGUGCUUCUGGUGACUGAUUCAAAUGCACGAAGGGUGGAUUCCUAGGUUUCGUGUACACGCAUUACUCUUGCGACGAACAGAGCCGAACCGCAUCGACAUCCACUUUUUGUGGUGGAGAACUGCAUGACUGACGCAUGGUCUAGGAAUUUGCCCUAAUCCAAAUUUAUUCUGAAUGUUGUUCCAUGGUAAUUAUUUUGUGAAUAUUCUUGAUGUACCACGAGUAUGUUAGAGCGUGUUCCUACGAGCCUCUUCCCAGGCAACCUCUUCCCAGACUCACGCGGGACCUUGAGAGCGUGUUCCCAGGAUCACUUUUUGGAAUACUCCCGUUU